AUGAUAACAUGGCGUGAUAGAAGUACAGUACAAAUACAAAGUACUUGUAAAUCGCUUGACAGUAUGCUUGCCGAACCAAAAGAUAUGAUUGCAAUUAACUUUCUUAAAUCAAAUGCCAAAAUGUUUCAGGAAACUUUUUGGCUUGGAGGAUCAGAUCUAGCUGCAGAGGGUGUGUGGGUAUGGACAACUAGUGGACAGGGGUUUACAGUAACAGAUUGGCAUACAAGUACUAUACAUGAACCAAAUAAUGAGAAUGGAACCGAACAUUGUCUCAACAUGAAUAAACACUUGGAUUAUGAAUGGAACGAUGACAACUGCUGGAAUGAGAAUAGAUUUGCAUGCGAAAAACCGUGA